UUCCUGACCGCCUACGCCCUGGCAGCCGCCUCGGACUGGUUGCAGGGCGCCUACCUGUACGCCCUGUACCGCGACGAGCACCACGUGAAGCCCGCCGUGAUCCCCCUGCUGUUCGCGACGGGCUUUGUCGCCUCAGCCGUGAGCGGCGCCUUUAUCGGCUCGUGGGCCGACCGGUACGGCCGGAAGCGGGCCUGCAUGGGGUUUUGUGCAGUCUACGCCCUCUCGUGUUUCUUCACCACCACCACUACUAGUAUUGCUCCCUGGUUCGGAGGAGUAGGGCUGGCUGGGUUGGUGCUCGGCCGGGUGCUGGGCGGGGUCGGGACGGGCUUGUUGUUUUGUGCGUUUGACAGCUGGUUUGUCGGCGAUUUGCGUGUGCAAGGAUUGGGGGACGGCGAGGAAGAGGAGAUGGGCAGGGUAUUUGGCAUGAUGAGCAGUCUAAAUAGCCUCGUGGCAAUCGUCUGCGGCGUAGCCAGCGAGGCCAUAGUUGGGUUGACGGGGACGAGGAAGGCGCCGUUUUGGGCGGCUAUAGGGGUGCUGGGCCUGGCUGCGGUGGUGAUUGCGGCGAGCUGGGAAGAAAACUACGGCCAGAAAGGCGGAGAGCAAGCCGGCAAAAAGAAGGACAACACAGCAAAGAACAAGCUGUGGACUAUUCUAUCCAAUCCACGGGUUCUCGCCCUGGGCGCCGCCUCAACCGUUUUUGAAGGAUCUAUGUACCUGUUCGUCUUCUUCUGGACACCGGCUCUCAAGUCGGUACACUCCUCCCAGGGCGAGCUUCCUUACGGCAUCAUCUUCUCCAGCUUUAUGGCCGCCACCCUCGCUUCAUCUCUGGCCUUCAACAUGAUUACCGAGUGGCGGCUGAUAGACCAUUCCAGCUUACUCGUGGCCAUCAUGGGUACCUCAGCCGUCUGCUUCUUGCUGUCGAGCAGUCCCCUUUCCGAGCAGUCCGCCUUCUGGGUCUUCUGCUUUUUUGAGGCUGCCGUGGGCAUGUACUGGCCGUGCAUGGGCUUUCUGAAAGGGAAGCUCAUUGAAGACGGAGUCCGCGCUCAGGUGUAUGCGAUGUUGAGGAUACCCCUGAAUAUCUUUGUGGUUGUGUCGCUGUUGUUUACCGGGGGCGGUGACACCUACGGGAGAGUGUUUUUGGUCUGCUCUACUCUGUUGCUAGCUUCAACCGGGACACUGUGGGCUCUG